UGACAAUCGUGUUGUUUGUUGUUGUUGUUGUUUGAUCAUUUUACAAUGAUAUUCAGUGGUUUAAUUAAACUAAUUAAUUGUUUAUUUAUAAUGAAUAACAUUGCUUAUUCAUUGUUAAUCUCGUGAUUGAUAAUUUAUUGCUGAAUAUUGAUGAUUAUUUAUCAAACAACUACCAGUAUUUGUACCCCAGUAACAUGUCAUUGGAAUAACAAUCAAUGUUGUGAAAAAUAAAAGAAUGUUAUUGGAUCCAAUUGGAACAUUAGUUGAAAAUGAUUAUGUGCUGAUAAGCAGACUGCUCCAAAAAUAAAUGAAAUGUUUUAUCAAGAUUAUCAGAAAAAUCAAAUGAUGUUGAUGAUGAUGGAAGCAGGACUAAAGCUUUAUUUAGCUCUGACAUGUUCAGAAACAACUGCCACUGAUAGAAAAUAUUUGGUUAAAUCCAGCAACUGGAUACAGAUCAAUAAAUUGGAUCGAGAUUCUGAUAAAGAGGAAUAUCAUGGAAAGACUGAGGAACAUCUUCAUGAAUCUGAUAGAAACGAACCUGGAUGAAGCCAGGUGUGAAAAGUGUCAGUGCAAGUGGCCGAGUUACUCCAUCCAACAAUGGUCAUACUGAAGAUGAACCACCAAAAGAUCCAGGAUCUCGUACAACCCAUCAAUCAUAUACCGAACAAGAUUUUGAAGGACACAGAGCUCAUACAAUGUACGUUGGUGUACAUCUUCCAGGUGAAAAAAGACAUCGUCGUCAUCAUAAACAUCAUUAUUCACGUUCUGGUGACUCAGAUGGCAAAGAAGAUACUGAUGAUGAAAGACCAGAACCUGUCAUGACAACAAAGAGGGGUCGUCUCUGUAACAUCAGUGACCCUGAUGGUGAAAAAAUAUUGACACCACCAGCACAAAGAGUACAAUUUAUACUGGGUGGAGAGGUUGGUGAUGAUGCACACGAAUCACAUCCAUUAUUUUCAGAAAUGGAGGAAUUAAUAAAGGAUGGUGAUGAAAUGACGUGGAAAGAAACAGCAAGAUGGAUAAAAUUUGAAGAAGAUGUUGAAGAGGGUGGUAAUCGAUGGAGCAAACCACACGUAGCAACAUUAUCAUUACACGCGCUUUUUGAAUUACGGAGUCUUUUAUUAAAUGGCACAGUAAUGCUUGAUAUGGAAGCUACUAGUCUGGAACAAAUAUCUGAUCUUCUUCUCGACAAUAUGAUUAACAAAGGAUCUUUACCCACUGACACUAGAGAAAAGGUUAAAGAGGCAUUAUUAGUACGCCAUCGACAUCAACAUGAACGUCGAAAGGACAACAAUAUGUCACGCUUACCUAUCAUUAGAUCAUUGGCUGAUAUUGGAAGGAAUCAAUCAUCAUCCAAGAAUUGUGACUGUUCAUGUGGUAUGCAUGCCUUGUUGACGUCAGAUUUACAAGAUAAUCAUGCGAAUAAUGAUGCAUAUGCACCAAGUGUAUUACAAAAAAAAAAUACAACAUAUGUUACAAAAGAAUCAAAAGACCACAAGGGUCAUCAUCUCCUAGUACCAGGACAAGAGCCAGGCAUUGACAGAAGUCCAAGUAGUAUUUCCAUAAAUCGAAAUAAUAAUUCAACAGGAUUUGAUAAUGGUGAAGGAAAUCACAAAGGAAAUACUCAUUUUAUGCGUAAAAUACCACCUGGAGCAGAAGCAAGUAACAUACUUGUUGGUGAAGUUGAUUUUUUGGAUAAAACAUUAUCUGCAUUUAUAAGACUUAAGUCAUCAUGUAAAAUGGGUGAUUUAACAGAAGUACCAGUACCAACAAGAUUUAUAUUUAUACUUCUUGGACCAAAGGGUGAUAAUUCUGGUUUUCACGAAAUUGGACGUGCCAUGGCAACUCUUAUGUCUGAUGAAAUAUUUCAUGAUGUUGCUUAUAAAGCAAAAAAUCGUACUCAUUUAUUAGCUGGUAUAGAUGAAUUUUUGGAUGCUGUAACAGUAUUACCACCUGGUGAAUGGGAUCCAUCAAUUAGAAUAGAACCACCAGCAGCAAUACCAUCACAAGAAAUUCGUAAAAGACCAAAAGAUGAUAAAUCAAAAGAUGAAGAUGAUGAAAUAAUUGAUGAACAAAAAAUACGUGAAGAAUCUGGUUUAUCAAGAAGUGGAAAAUUAUUUGGUGGUCUUAUUAAUGAUAUUAAAAGAAAAGCACCAUUUUAUAUAUCAGAUUUUAAAGAUGCAUGUGCAUUACAAUGUAUAUCAUCAAUAUUAUUUCUUUAUUUUGCUUGUUUAUCACCAAUAAUUACUUUUGGAGGUUUAUUGGGUGAAGCAACUGGUAAACAUAUGGCUGCUAUGGAAUCAUUAGUAUCUGGUUUUGUUUGUGGAAUAGGAUAUGGAUUUUUUUCUGGACAACCACUUACUAUUCUUGGCUCAACUGGGCCUGUUCUUGUUUUUGAAACAAUUGUCUAUGAAUUUUGUUUACAAUGCGGUUGGAACUACAUGUCGUUUAGAUUUUGUAUUGGAAGUUGGAUUGCAUUUAUUCUACUUAUUUUAGUUGCCAUUGAUGCAAGUGCUCUUGUUUGUUAUAUAACAAGAUUUACAGAAGAAAAUUUUGCAACUCUUAUUGCUUUUAUAUUUAUUUACAAAGCUAUUGAAAAUGUUAUGUCAAUUGGUGCCAAAUUUCCAAUAAAUCCUCCUGACCAAAAUCUUUUAUCUUUCAAUUGCGUUUGUACACAGCCAUACAAUACAUAUUCCGAAAGCUACAAAAAUGUCAAUUGGUCUUCUUUGAAUUUUAAUGAAUGCCAGUAUUACAAUGGAACUCUGACAGGAUCACAAUGUUCUGUACCUCAACCAGUUCCCAACGUCUUCCUAAUGUCAAUUAUACUUUUUUUGGGUACAUUCGUAUUGUCAGUAGUAUUAAAGGACUUUAAAAAUGCUCUCUUCUUUCCAUCAAAAGUCCGACUAGUCGUGAGUGAUUUUGCUGUAAUCAUUGCAAUAUUUUCAAUGUCAGCAUUAGAUUUUUACAUGGGAAUAAGUACACCAAAACUUCAAGUACCAAGUGAAUUUAAACCAACAUUAGAAGGUCGUGGUUGGAUAAUUUGGCCAUUUAAUGAAAAUCCAUGGUGGAGUUGUAUUAUUGCAUUUUUUCCAGCAUUAUUAGGUACAAUUCUUAUUUUUAUGGAUCAACAAAUAACAGCUGUUAUUGUCAAUAGGAAAGAAAAUAAAUUUAAGAAAGGUUGUGGUUAUCAUUUAGAUUUAUUUGUUUUGGCAAUUCUUAUUCAAAUAUGUUCAACAAUGGGACUUCCAUGGUUUGUUGCUGCAACUGUACUUUCAAUAAAUCAUGUUAAUUCAUUAAAAUUAGAAUCAGAAUGUGCAGCACCUGGUGAAAAACCACAAUUUUUAGGUGCACGUGAACAAAGAGUAACACAUAUUACAAUAUUUUUAUUAAUUGGAUGUUCUGUUAUGUUAACACCUUGGCUUGGACAUAUUCCUAUGCCUGUAUUAUUUGGUGUAUUUCUUUAUAUGGGUGUUGCAUCACUUAAAGGCCUCCAAUUUUUUGAUAGAAUAUUAAUUAUGUUUAUGCCAGUUAAGUAUCAACCAGACUACAUGUUUCUCAGACAGGUUCCAUUAAAACGUGUUCAUGUAUUUACACUAAUACAAAUGGCCUGUUUAAUUACUUUAUGGACAAUAAAAUCAUUCAAAAGUACAUCAAUACUUUUUCCACUUAUGUUGGUUGUUAUUGUUGGAAUUCGAAAAUUACUAGAUUUAUGUUUCACUCAACGUGAAUUAAAAAUUUUAGAUGAUGUUAUGCCUGAAAAUACGAAAAAAAGAGCUGAUGAUCUUCGACAACUUGAAAGUGGCGAGGUUUUGGUGGAUAAUGAUAUCGAGUAUAAUAAACCAGGUAACAUUCAAAUAUCACUGGCAAAUGGUAAUGUUAUGAAGAUUCCAUUGACCAAAGUUAACAUCACCGAGGAAGUUAACAAAACUGGAAUAUGGAAACAAGUUAAUGAAACAAAUUCAACAAAUGAAAAAACAAAUAAAACAAAAAUAAUCAAUGUAGGAAAGUCAAAUAAAAAUACAAAAAACGAGGAAUCCAAAGUCAUUGAUGAAAUGACACAUUUAACAGUUAUGACAGAAGAGGAAGAAGAUGAUUGUGGAAUAUCAAUUAAUAUUAACAAUAAAAUAUAAUUAUCAGUAAAUUUUUUUAUAAUACACCAAGUAAAUGUAUAUAUUUCAUCGCUAAAAUUUAUCAUAUACCUUCGUAACUUAUUUUAAAAAUAUAUGUCUAUAGUCUUCUCCAAUUAUUUUUGUAGAUUAAAAAUUUAAAGAAAAAUAAUUUAAUUGACAUCCUGAAAAUAGAAUAAAUAUAUUCAUGUUAAAUAUUUAUAAAAAGUUAUUUGCUUUAAUUUUUUUAACAAAAAAAAAUUAAUAAAUUAGAUGAUAAUUAUUAUCGUUAAUAAGUUAUUCAUAAUUUUAUUAAUUAUAAUUUUUGCGUAUAAGAAAUAUAUUGUGAUUAAUGUGAAAGUUUAAUAAUUGUAAAAUAAUAUAUUACCAUUGUUAUAAAUAAUGUUAAUUUUAAUUAUAUUUUUACUUUUUCUUUUUUAUUAUAAAAUAUAAAAAUACUAAAUGUAUCUUACAUAAAUGAAAAAAUUACUUUUAAAAUGUUCUGUCGAAUAAAAUGUAUUUACAAAUUAAAUAUUAUAAAAAAAGUAAAUCUAUUUAUUAAUUUAUAAUUAAUUAUUCAAUGUCUAAUUUAUAUUUUUUCUGUCUAAAAUAUCAAUGUUUUAACAAUACAAUCGUAAUAAUAUUGCAGCUAAAAAUUUUCAUGAUAAAUAUAUUUUUUUGAAUAUAAAAAAAAAGCCUAAUUACUAAUGUAAAUUGAUCACUAAUAUUUUCUAUUAUUUAUUAAUUAAAUUAGUGUUAUGAAAUAUAUUGUAAAUAUAAAAAUUAAUAAUUGAAAAAUUACUAGAAUUAUUAAAAAUGCAUGAUUAUUAGAAUCACUUUAAAAAAAUAAUAAUAAAUUGUAAUUUUGUAUGUAUUAAUGCACAAAUCGAUUAUUGUUAUAAUUAAAAUUUAAAAUUUAUUAAAUUUAUCAUGUACACGAGUGUGUAAUUCCAUUGUUUGUUGAUGCCAAGAUUUGAGUAUAACAAAACAUGAAAAAAAAUAUCUAGGUAAAGGUGUUAAAUGAAUAAUCGUGAGUAUGAUUCUGACUGAUGAUAAAAAUUUCAAUAAUUAUUGGUUUUUAAUUUUUCAUGAGGAAUAAUUAUAUAUUAUUUCGAAUUUUCAAUCAGAUUAUUGGUAUAUUAUACAUGAAAAUUCGUGACUCAAGCUACUAUAAAUCACAACGUAACAUAAAGUAUUAUAAGCAAGUACAGAUAUCUAACUACGAAAAAAAAAUAAGGAUGAUAAACUCAGUUAAGCCAUUGUACUCAACAAAAGAAAAAUUUAUAUUAAAGUGUUCGUUUUAUUUAUUUAAAAUAAUAGGAUUAGCACCAGUAUCAUUGAAAAAUUGUGUUACUUAUACUGAUAGAAAUAAUUAUAAAGUAGAAUGUCUGAGUACUGUUUUUGAUUUGAUAUACAGUAUUAGUUGUUUAACUAUUUACCUGAUUUUGAUUGUAAGCCUAAAUUUAUUUGUGAUUUAUGAACCUUAUCCAAAUAAGUCAAAAGUAACCGAAUCGUUUGAAGAUUGUCUGACUGUAACACAAAUUUUAUCCGUUAUAAUAAUGUAUAUUUCAGUUUGUUCAAAACGAAAUACUAUUGCUAAUAGUAUCAA